UGUCUCACAACUUGAAACGUACAGUGACAUCUAACAUGUAGUCAGAUUAAAUCUCUUCUACCCAGCAUCUGAGCCUUUUUUUCUGGGACAUGGAGUUAGGGAAACAUGAAAAGGAAAUCCCAGCAAAAGAGACCUUAAAAGAAAAGCUGACGCUGCGUCCUACAUAUGGACAACGGACAGAGGAAAGAGAUCUUCAUGUCGCCAGUCCACUAAAGUUCCUCAAUACAGAACAGGUCCCUUCUGGUGAAUCUGGAAGCAAACCCUUGACCUUCACAUUUGUUCCAUAUAUUGGACAGCUUCCAACUCACUCUGAAGUUGUAGAUGCCUCCAAAUUCCUUGUGAAAAUUUCAGAAGAGCCAAAUGCUGACACUAGACAAGAAAUUAUAAAUAAGUCUCACAUACCUUCUGGUGACCUGGCCUUCAAAAGUCAAUUCCAGCAGGACAGCAAAUCUACCUUUCACCCAGAGAGCACCCAAAAGAUUUUCCAGCCCCAAGGGCAUAACACAGGCAAAAUAAAAAUGCAGGAGAAUGACCUUUUUAAGGCUGAAUUUAUCUUUAUUACGGACUCUGGUGAAGAAGAUGAAGAAACUAUUGCCAGAAACAAAGUUCAACCGCCUUCUAUAGGGAGCUACGGGCAUACAAUAUUCCAGUCCUCCAACACAUCUCUUGAUCCUACUGCAUCGAACAAACCUCUUAGUGACAUGAAUGCUCCACGGUCACAAGGAGCAGCACUUACUCGCAGUUCUACUGGUCAGCAAUACAAGAUCAAGACAAGUUACAAGGCUUUUGCAGCAAUCCCUACAAACACAUUGCUUAUGGAGCAGAAGGCAUUAGAAGAGCCAACUAAGAAAGCAAGUGAGACUGAGCUCACCACUUUGGACACACAUUCAGAGAUGUGCUCCCCUGCCCAGCUCAGGCAGCAAACUGAAGAACUCUGCGCAACCAUUGAUCAAGUCUUACAGGAUCCAUUGCCUAUGCGCCGGUGUGAAUCUUCCCCAAGUUUCCUGCAGACACCCAUGGAUUCAGAUACAGGCAAAAUGUCUACAGUGCCGCAGAGAACAGCUGGAAGGGAAACCAAAUAUGCUAAUCUUUACUUAUCAGCACCUGGAAUGACAGAGAGUCAAUUGACAAAACCUGGUGUCAUUCGUCCAGCACCAGUGAAAACAAAAAUCUUGUUAAAAAAAGAGGAACCAUAUCAACCGAAUCCUUUCAAAAAAUAUCUUGAAGAAAGCAGAGACCCAGAUAUUGAACAGGACACUGCUCCCUGCCACCUUCUGUAUCUGACUAAACCGAUCCCUCCAACUCAGUCCCCAUUACAUCCACAGUCUAUCUCCCAUGCUGACUCUCUAAUCCCUGGACCCUUCAGUCAUUUGUCUUGCAUCCUAUGUGAAGUUCCUGAGAAUUCUUAUAGUCCUUACAGUCACAACAGUUUGUAUAAUAAGCCCAGUCAUCCUAUCGUGCCUAUUCCAGAAAAUGAAGCACUAAGCUCAAAGGAGCUUCAUUCUGCAACAACACAAAACAAAUCAAACCUGCUGCCUACCCAUGAAAGCAAAGAAACAAGCAAAGGAAAAUUUCCAGAGCCUGAAAACACUCUCUACAGUGAGAGAUUCAUACCUGCAGAAGAGCAGAGGGACACUGCUUUAAAAUCCACUUAAGAGGCUUCCAAAGAGACAAUUUUGUGUCUCUGCCAGCUGUCACUAGGAUCAGAAGCUAAAACUGUAGUAUUUUGAAGCCUAUUCCAAAGCUGUGAUGAAAUCCAAGCCACAGAUGAAUAUAAAGGUUGCGUUUUAGAAUUGCUUUUAUAUAUAACUGCUAUGCAGCAAAUAGCAUUUGAAGAUAUAUUCAAGAGAUAAUCUGGAAUGUACUAGCA